AUGAACGACCGCGCCCGCGCAUUCGAGAAUCGCUUCAACCUCCGCUUCAACAAUAUAACCCUCCUAACCGAAGCCCUCACUGCCCCUGGCGUCUACAGCCCCGAGGGAAACAAAGGCCACGGCCUCUUCGGCGACACCGCUCUCCAGCUUGCCCUGCAACGGGAAGGGCGCGAGCGCCAACAGCGCGUGGAGCGAAUCUCCAACGUCGUCUCCGCAAUCGCCAAUAACGACAACCUCGCCCAGCGCGGCUUCGCUCUCAGCAUCGAUCAGUAUACCUGCGUCAAUCCCUCCCAGGGAACUUAUGUCGCGCCCGGGUUUAUGGCUACCACUAUGGAGGCUAUCAUCGGUGCUUACUUCCUAGACCAGGAGUGCGAUUUUGCUGCGCUCCUGCGUGUUCUUGCUAUACUUGGGCUGUCCUGGCCUGAGUGA